AUGGACGUUGUUGAGAGGAAAAGACCAAGAGGAGCCUUUCUAAAUCUGUUUGAUUGGCAUGGAAAAUCAAGGAAGAAGCUUUUUUCAUCCAGUAUCUCCCAGAACUCUGAAGAAUCAAAGCAAGCAAAAGAGAAUGUUCAAAACCUCUCGAUUACUCGGCAUUCUGUUUUUGAGGUUGAGCAGACAGUAAAGAACACAACUUACAAUCCGAGGAGUGACUCGAGCUGUUGUGCUUCCUCUGUAACUAGUGAUGAUGGAAAUGUGGUUAGAGCACCGAGUGUGGUAGCGAGGCUCAUGGGUUUAGAGGGUUUACCGCUACCAAACGUUGUGGAACCACGGGUUAAUACUGAUCUUGAUCCAUACUUUCUCAGAUCCUCGCGCCAGGCGAACACUUGGGAUGCUAAUGUCGAUAAUCAGAGUGACAUUGAUGGCGUUUCUUGGGAUCAUUUGGAUUCGAGAACUAGUAAAGGACCGCGAAAGCGGAUGAUUGAGCGGUUUCAGACCGAAACUUUACCUCCAAGAUCUGCUAAACCGAUCUCUGUUACUCACAAUAAGCUCUUGUCUCCUAUAAGGAAUCCUGGAUUUGUUCCAUCUAGGAACGCUGCUUAUGUAAUGGAAGCUGCUUCAAGAAUGAUCGAGCCAAGUCCACGGAUGAUGGCAAGAACACGGGUGGUUUCAUCAUCUGAUUCUCCUUCGCCAGUUCCAUUGAGAAUUCGAGAUUUGAAGGAGAAACUAGAAGCUGCACAGAAAGCAUCAACAUCAUGCCCUCAAUUGUCUAAUGAUAAUACUCGCAAUAGUAAAUACCUAAGAGGAGAUCACAACGAGAGGAAAACUACAGCUUUGGGGAAAAGCAGUCUUGAUGGGUUGAAGGGUGAAGUGAAACCGCCUUCUUUCUCUGCGCAAGCAAAAGCCAGCAGUAAUCAGAAGCAAGAAAGCUUAGCAACAUCCUCAAGUGGAAACAAAAGGACAUGUUCGGGCCAGAAGGAGAAAGUGGAAGCUAAGAACCGUGCAGUUAAGAGCCAGAACAGUCUCAAAGGAUCUUCCUUGAACACAGGGAAGAAUGUGCUAAAGCAGAAUCACCAGAAGCAGAACUGCAGAGACAAUCAGCAAUCCAGGAAAGUAAUGAACAAAGUUGUAAAUAAGGUUCUUGUGGAAAGUGGACCUACAUCGAAGAGCCCGAGUUUUACUAUGACAUCGGUAGAAAAACCCACUUCUUUACCUUUAUCUCGCAAGAAGAGUCUUCCUCGAAACAAAAAGCCGCGGAAUGGGGUGCAAGAAACGGGGAUCUAUGAAGAUAAACGGAUCAAAAGGGGUGAAAAGUCGAUAAAAUGUAAUAUUAGCAUUGAUGGUGAUUCAAGCACAAGUAAAGAUGAUCAGAAAAGGGACAUGGAUGUGAUUUCUUUCACUUUCUCGUCUUCGAUCAAAGGAUUAUCAUCUCACUCACAAGGAACCAAACAAGAAGCAGACUCUGCUGUUAGGUUCAAUGUGAUAGGCGGUGAUUCUUUAAAUGCGCUUUUGGAGCAAAAGCUCAGGGAACUGACCUCGAAGAUUGAAUCAUCAUCUAGCGCUGCAUUGAUCCAAGACGAGUCUUUGAGUUCCAUUUCAAAGGAUGGAGUGAACGGGACGCCAUCAAAACAUGGCGAAUGGACUCAAAACAGUCUUGAUAAAGUCUUAUCAGAGAGUGAAUCUGUUUCUGAAUGCACUUCAUUCUAUAACAACCAAAAAUUCCAGAAAAAGACGAUACAAGGAGAUGAAGUUAGCAGCAUCAGCACUCUUACAGAAGCCGAUGAUUUCACACUCUCCUGCACCAAGAGUUUCUCAGAGUCCAAACCUGACAGAGAUUAUGGCAUGAAACAGAGCUCAUCAGAUCAAGAACUUACUUGGUUUUCAUCAAACGAGUCCCACCAAACCUUAGAUGAAACAAAUUCCGCAGCAACAUUCGAUUGGGAGCUCGAGUACAUAACCGAGAUCCUCAACUCUGGCCAGCUCAUGUUUCAAGACUUUGCUUUAGGGACAACCCCUGAGGAAUUGUUGUUACCCUCAAGCCUCUUUGACGAAAUGGAACGCUCUCGAGGAGCUGCGACAGCAACGAAGAUCGAAAGGAAGGCCCUUUUCCACUGUGUGAAUCAAUGCUUAGCGGUGAAAUUCGAAAGGAUGAUGAUUGGAAGCUGCAAAGGGAUGAUGAUGAUAUCAGGUGGGAUUUUGUUGGAACACAGAGAUUUGUUGGCUAAAGAACUGAACAGAGAAGUAAAAGGUUUGAAGAAUAUGAGAGAGAUGAUGAUCGACGAGCUUGUGGAUCACGACAUGAGCUGUUUCGAAGGGAAAUGGAUUGGCUAUGAGAGAGAGAUGUUUGAGGAAGGCAUUGACAUUGAAGGAGAGAUAGUUUCCACUUUGGUUGAUGAUUUAGUUAGUGAUCUUUUCUCUAUUGGCUUUCUUAAACGGUCGUUGUAG